UUCAUCUGUUUUAAAAGGAUAGCAAAGGAUGCGUAUUUUGAUACAAGUUGAGAAGAAGAAAUAUAUCAAACUGAAAUAUGGGAAGCAGAGCUUUGUUACUGCUAAAAGUAGCGUUACCACUAAAGCAUCAAAUCAAAUGUUUGAACUACACAAAAAUCACUCCUGCUUCAGAACUCCUGACAAAAAGAAGAUUUUCAAUUAAAGCAACAAAUGGGUCCUCUCUUCAACCACCAGAUGUCUCUCGUUUAGCUGAAACUGCUCGAAUUUCUCUUAACCAAAAUGAGGUUGAAGAAUUUGCUCCCAAAAUUCGGCAAGUGAUUGAUUGGUUUGGACAACUUCAAGCUGUUGAUCUUAAUAGUGUUGAGCCCGCUAUUAGAGCAGAUAGUGAAGGCGAGAACUUGCGUGAUGAUGUUCCUGAAACAUUUAGCGAAAGGGAAGCUAUAAUUGCUGCUGUUCCAAGCUAUGAAAAGCCUUAUGUCAAAGUUCCCAAAGUUUUGAACAAGGAGUAGAAGAAGUAGCCUUCAUAUUAGCUUUAUUUCUUUCUGUACCAUCCUUUAGAGACUUACUAAACAUGCCAUUAACAUUUUACUACUUUCUAUGCUUUUCAUGCAAUACCAGUUUCGGUGCUUGUUUUGGCAUCGUAAACAUGUACAGUCCAAGAACAAUUCCUCCGUGGGAACAGUCCAGGGUCUUAUCCUAACCUAAAUUAAUUUAGUCUAA